AUGCUACUUCAAGGCUUUGCCUGCGACCAGUCGCAGAACUCCCAUUCUCCGUUUGCGCCGCUCGCGCGCAUGCCGUCCAACUCUGCCGUCGCCGCCGCUCUGGCCCUGGCUUCGCCGCCCGCAAGUCCGCCCCAGAUGGCUGCGCCCAACACCCUCGGCCAUCUCUUCGACUCCUGCCGCAGUCUGCAGGCCCUCCUCGCCGCGCCUCCACCACCCUCCUCGCUCCCAAUCACACCACCCCACCAGCAUCUGGCUACACCCCCCCUGGGCCAUGCGCCGUCACCCAUGAAGCUGCGUCUACGGACGCCACGGCGGGCGGGCAGCAUGGAGAGUCUGGGUGCGCCAACGGGCGCGCCAACAAGCGCCCCGUCCAAGGCGGCGAAUAGCGCUGGCGUUGCGCGCAGGGGCAUUGUCAAGCGCACAGCCACGUCCACACCCACACCAACGCCGCGCGGCUUGAACAAGCGCCGGCGUGCUGUGGACGACGAUAUGGGCCGCGCAGAAAACGAGACGACCGAUGCCAGCGACUCUGGUGACGCCGAGGAUCCGCUGUCGUCACAUGACAGCAGCGAGCCGUUUACUCUCUCGCUCCUAGCGCCGUCCCCUUUGCGCCGCUACCCUUCUUCCUCACCCUUUACGUCUGCCACUAGCACAAGACGGGCACGGGCUGCAACAAUAGCGAACCCGUUCCUGCCUGCCUUCAACGCAUCAGAAAACACCACGCUGCUUCCUCCUCCUGUUUCUGAUUCUCUUCCUUCCGCUACUCCGUCCACGCCGCCCCGGCCACAAACACCCAAGCGGGCGCGCAUUGCGCCCGAGGCCCUGCCGCUCGGUCUUGAGCGCAGCGACUUCCACGCCCUGCACGCCGACGGCAUCCCCGACGACAGUAGCCGCGCACACAACCAUGUUGCUGGCACGCAAGUCGAGGUUGAGGCAGACGGCGAGGCCUGGAGCACAGAGGACGACCGCAUGCUAGUCGAGUUGGUGCUGGAGAAGCUCAAGCUGAGCAAGGAAGAGUGGCAGGACUGCGCCCGCAGCCUAGGCAAGGACCGCCACAGCCUUGGUCGGCGGUGGAAGAGCCUUAUGCUGCACGGCGACAUUGGCCUAAAGCCCGGCUCGCGAACGCGGCGGAGCAAGAUCCACGGAACGUGGCGGUAA